UGUAGGGAGUGAACCUGUUUGUAUGUGUGUGCGAGUACACAAGCAACAAAGAAUUCUGCAGCUGUUUGUGUGACGGAAUGGAAAAUUAUACAUGUUGCUUAAUUUUUUUAAGCGUAAAUGCGUGUAAUAUUCCUUUCAAUUGCAAAUUAUCUUGAACGAUUCGAAGCUGUAAAGCAAACCCUUCGGGUCCAAGACAAACAACUGAAGUGCUACUAGGCGACACUUUUUCGCAGCUAUCAGUCAACUUCUACUGUAUUUUGCUUUGUUUAAUGAGGCCUUAACGCACCGAGGACAUUCACAAGGAUUCCUGAAGACCCAGUUUUCUUAUUUGAGAGUAAAAUAACAUAGUAUUCAAGUAGAGAAUCUGUAGUUAUCGCCUAUGCCACACCGAAAGGAAAUGUACAUGACAAUAGUAUUUAUCUACGCACAUUCAACUAGAAAUGUCGUGUGAUUAUCAAUAUUUUAUCGAUACCUUAUCAAUGCCUUAUCUUCACUUACACAUAUCAGUCGUCUUUUUUCCCCAGCUGAUCACGUCAGUAUCCAUUUUGGAAUUGUUCACAAGCACCACGUUUAUUUUCUCUGUGUUAAACUGCUGUUGUUUCAACUGAGUUUGCAUUUAUGUGUGCGGGUACGAUGGCUGCAGUCCUGCUGUUGGGCUCGCUGGUGUUCCUUGCUACUGUAAAGGCGGACUGCAAUUCCAACUUGCCACUCGCUGAUCCUGACCCCAACGAUGAUGACGUGACGGUGAUAUUCUCUGAUUACAUAACACAGAUUUCCCUAAAAGAAGGGAUUGGGGACAUCCAGAUAGCAGUUUUCAACUGCGCCGAUUACGAUGAACCAGAGAUACAGAACUUCGUCACUGGAAACAAUAACGACUUGGGGCUAGUGACUGAGAAAGACAGUGGCUUUUGGUUCCUUGUCGUGAAAAUCGCCCAAGAUUUUGAGGUGCCAAGCCAAAGGGCGUACAGAUUCUUCGUGCAAGUAGCAAACAGUCGAGAGGAAGUUGUUAUUAAUUUAAUAAAUCUGGACGACGUUGCUCCAUACUUCAGUCCAGCUGACUCAAAGCCUUGUGAAGUCUCUGAAACCCUCAAAGGACCGACCAGUUGCCAUCUUUUUGUGUAUGACCGAGACGGAAUUAUGGACGACAUGAAGUACACAGUAAAGGAAAUGGAAGACGUAUCACAAGUUAUUGAAUUAGUUGCUGAUCCUGAUGGAACGUGUGGGCCUGGAGAAUUGGACUGCAAUAAUGUUGUGCUCACAAUAAAAACAGAACUUGAAUUCAUUAUCAAGCCAGUUCACUCCUUAAUUCUUCAAGUAGAGGAUAAAGGGGGUAACGUCGGGACAUUACCAUACAUCUUACAAGUAAAAGCAGAGAACAAGGAAAUCCCUACGAUUACACCAGCAAGUCUCACGGCAGAAAUCGACGAGCAAUAUUCUGGAGUUAUCGACUUCGACACGCCUAUAACAGUUUCAGACAGAGACAGCGUGGAAUAUGGACAGUUCGUCAUUACACUGGUGGGUGAUGAAUCGAAUGACUGUCACAAGGCUUUCGAUGUAAUUCCAAAUGCCGGCUACAGGACGACCAUUGUGAAAAUCUCUGUGGUCGACCCAGCGAGGCUGAACUAUGACGAAGGCACCUGUAAUGACGUCAUUUUGAAGAUUAAGGCAUCGGAGUUAUACGAUGACACGCGAAUUGGAGAAGCCCGAGUCAACAUAAAAUUGAGAGACGUCAACGAUGAAUCUCCAAUAUUUGAAAGCCAGGAUUUCUUCUUUAGAGUUGAUGAACACGCAGAACCAGGAUCUUAUCUAGGAACUGUGAAAGCUAAGGACCUGGACAUCUUUGACGUUAUACACUACAGCCUGACAAGCAAAACGUACCUGGCAAUCGACAAUCUCACUGGAGAAGUGUCGGUGGGAGGCGACUUCAAUUACGAGAGGCAGCCCCAAGUGAUUGUAACAGCGACCGCCGAGGACUCCAACGACCCUCCCCACGUUGCCUACGCCCAGAUAACUGUGGACGUCAAUGAUAUCAAUGACGAAAAACCCGAGCUCUUUAUGCCGUCAAGUCCGACGAUCAUAGACGAGAACACUCCAAUCGGUGAAGAACUGGAUGUCGAGAUCAGUGCCACAGACGAAGACAGCGAGCCAGAGCUGUGGUUUACCAUCGACUGGGAGACCUCCAGGGCGGCCAAACAAGGCGUGCAGCUGGACAAGGAUAAUUUUACAGAAUGCAUUACCAUCGAAACUACUGUCGACCCCAGCAACGCACGGAGUGCAAAGGCGAUCCUGACGGUGGCCAAGGUGCUGGACUGGGAAGCUUUCGACACACUGUAUGUCACCGUCAGUGUGGAGGACAGAAAAACAAACGAAAAUUACCUUGACAAGAAGUUCUCGAAAGCAACGCUGACUAUAACAAUCAAUGACAUGAACGAUAAUGCUCCAGUAUUCUCGGAUGUUGAUGAACUUCGCUUCAAGGAGAACUCCGACGAGGGCCAGCUCAUUGGCGUCAUCAUCGCCACAGAUCCUGACGGAAUUGGGAACAACGAAGUGAGAUACUUCCUGGAGAAUGACCUCUAUGAAAAGGAAUACGUGAAGAUUAACGCCAUAUCAGGCGAACUUCGAACUGGCAAAGACAAGAUCGACUUCGAAGAGAUCACGGAAAUAAGUUACGUCGUGAUCGCAACCGACGGAGAGAAUUCAGAACAGAAGUCAAUCACGAUUUACAUAAAUGACGAGAAUGACGAAAGCCCUCAUUUCAUUGGCGACUACAGCGCACCAAUUAAUGUGUUAGAAAAUACGGUUGAGAAGAGGGAGCUGAUAUUCAUGGAAGCAACUGACGGCGAUGCCAGUCCGGAGUUCAACACACUUAGGUACGAGCUGGAAGAACGAUACAGAGGAAUUUUCGACAUCGAUCCUGUUACCGGCGAAGUUUUCGUGCCCAGAGGCGACAGCAACAGACUGGAUUACGAAGCUGCUCGUAGUCACAUCGUCCAGAUCACGGUCAGGGACCGAUGCAACGAGGGAGACAUCUGUUAUGCUGACAGCUCAAGUGACACGACAAGUAUUACCAUCAACUUAGAAGACGUGAACGACAAAGCACCUGUAAUUAAGAAUGGAGGUGGAGUUCUGGCUACAGUCUCCGAACUAGAUGGCCAGGGCGUCUUUAUCGGCUACGUGACGGCAGACGAUGCCGACUCCGGUGAAAACGCAAAGCUCACUUAUACGCUCACAGACGUCGAACCACCAAAGGGUUGGGAUCUGUUCACUAUCCAAGACGACGUCGCCACAAACACAGGGACGAUUACAGUUAAGAAAGAUCUGCUGAAUGAAUGGGGAUCGUAUCUUCUGACAGUGAUGGUUCAAGACAUUGGAAAUCUAAAUGACACUGGUACCUUUACCAUUAUUGUCAACGAUAUCAACAAUAACCUACCAGUAUUUGUGCGACCUGACAACACAGCGGAUAUUAGGCUAAAUAUUGCGGGUAACAUUCCGGACACAGCCUUGACCGAUGUUAAUGGACGGAAGAUCAUCUUCGAGGCAAUCGACGACUUGGACAACGGACUUAACGGAACAAUCGGAAUGUCUUACAGCCUCAAGGGUGAUGAUACGGCGAUGGAGUACCUCACCUUGUCUCAUAACGAAAUUUGGCUGAAACAAGAGUUUACUGAGGAUAUGUCAAACAGGUUCAAGAUUGUGGUAACUGCAUGUGACGGCGAGAGCAAAGAUUUUCAACAGUGCGCAGACAAAGAGACCUUCGUAAGAAUGAAAGUAAACAUUCAAUACGAACCUACAUUCGCUGAACCCGAAUGGGAAACAAGUUUUACAGAAAACAAAACGGGAUUAGGAGAAGAGAAAGGAAUUGAUAUUAAAGUAACAGAUCGAAAUGAUGAUGAAGAUUGCGAAGAAGGAGACGUUUGUAAGGACAACAUUUAUUAUUUCAUUCAUGAUGGAAAUGAAGACGUAUUCCAUCUGGAGAAAGAGAGUGGUAUCAUCUCACUGAAGAAGGAGCUUGAUAGGGAAGUUGUGAACGUGUAUGUUCUGACAGUUGUCGUCACUAACUUCGAAAAUGGACCCCAAACUUUACCCGGAGAAAAUAGCAGGCUCAGGAUUACAAUAAACGUGAUCGAUGAAAUUGAUACUCCUCCAGCAUUCACAAAAUCUCUGUAUGCAGCAGGUAUUAAUACCGGAGACAAAUCCGGGGACAGCUUGACAACAUUCACUGCAACUGAUGGCGAUUUCGAUGACAAACUGACGUACCGGAUCAUUGAUGGGACCAUGGAAGUGACCGACAGCUCUCUUCAGCAGUGGCAGAACCGCGAUCCGUUUAGAAUUCAGGAGAACACGCUGUUGCUGAAUUUUAAUGUUCAAGACAGUGCUCUGAAGGGCUUGUUCAAGUUUAACCUUGAAGUCAUGGACACAGGAAACAACAGGGACGAAGUUGCUUGUCAAAUAUAUAUCAUAACAGAAAAUAACCACGUGACCAUGCGGUUCCAAAACAAUGCGACCUACGCCGAAUCACGGAAGCUUCAGAUGGCCAACAUAUUUACAAAAGUGUUUGACAGUCAAAGUAACAUCAAGAAGGUGGCUAGAUCAAUGGACUCAGGUGUACCAAUCGACGACAAAGCCGAUGUGACCGCGUAUUUCGUGGAUGAAAAUAAACAAGAGCCGAUUGACAAAACCGAAAUAACUAGGAAACUUACUGACAAACAAACGUACAACGCAUUGCGAGACGCACUACUCGAAGAGAAGCUGGUAUUGGAAUCGAUCAGCGACCCAGAGAGUCAAACUACCGCUGACAUGGAAGGUGUUCUCCAAACGGUGUUAAUUGUGGUUUCGGUGGUCCUCGGGACAUUGGUCGUCAUCCUCUUCGCGGCCUUCUUCAUCAGAACCAGAAGCUUGAACCGUCGCUUGGAAGCCUUGUCCACCACCAAGUUCGGGUCUCAGGACUCGGGCCUCAACAGAAUCGGCAUGGCGGUGCCGAACACAAACCAGCACGCGGUUGAGGGUUCAAAUCCCGUAUGGGGCAACGACAAUGUCUCCAGCCAUAACUUCGACGCCUUAAGCCAAAGCAGUGGGGAUUCAGACUUGAUUGGCAUCGAAGAAAACCCGGAAUUCAGUCCGUACGCGAGGAAUGGUGUGUCCAACGAUGGCUUUACCCCGGACUUGGAGGCCGUGCGACGGGAGAGCGUAAAUCCUGUGCUGGCCAACGGAUACGGAAGGCGAGUGAGUGUGAAUCCACUGUCAGCCGCCGCCAUGUCCAGGAGCCAGAGUGUGGUAAAUCCCAUGGCCGGAGGAUUCAAAGCCGAGGACUCAGACUUCGAAAAGGACAGCAGAAGGUCCAGCGACAACGACAUGGAGGGAAACACGAACUUCACUUUCUUGCAGAAAAUGGAUUCCACGCAGAUAACAGAACUAUAGACGGAGCCUUCACGGAACAUCUGAACACGUGGAUCAAUCCAAUCCACACACCAACUACUUUGCAUUGCCGCUACGUAUUUGACGAUAAAGCCAAUCCGAUCGAGAGUACAAUAUCGUGGUAAUUUGCGAGUGGCAAUGGUGAGAACUUCCUUCCCCCUUACCAAAGGGCUAGAAAUCGAUGUUAAUGACUCUGUGUGCUGGCGUACUCUAACAUUCACUUUAUAGAACUGACUUCAAAAUGCAGUAUCUAGUUAUUAGCAUGUCCUCGCCGUUGCUUCAGUAAACAAAGUAUCUGAACUUCUGAAGACUGUGCCAGAAUCUACAAGGGCGCAGAGGAUAAACGAACUCUAAUCUGAAUUAACACGUAUUACAUUAUAAGUGAAACAAUUCAUAUGACGCCAGGAUUAGUCUAUAAGUCGUAUUAAAUUUGGUGCGCGUCGGUACCGGACACGUUCAGACGUGCUCCAAUCACGCGCGUUCUCCGCCAAAAGGCAUUUCUACAACAAAGUUCUCUAUUCAUUCUGUACACGAAACAUGGUCACUGCAGGUAAAUAUAUCAUAAUUUAUUCUCUCGUUACGUAAUCUUAAGUUCUGCCAAUGUUGUACGAAAUCUUAUCAACAGAUACCCCGACAUUUCUGUAACAAUAAUUUAAUAAAAUUAAUUUAAUUCUUUCGUG